CGAUCACCAAGUCCCUCGUUCAAAGUCACAAGUCUCGACCUUCAAUCAUCAAACAAACAGCUUACUACCAACAACAAUAUCACAUCGCCUUGAGAAGUGAACCUGUUGGCGGUGGUCAAGGCUGCAGUGUGGCAAAAGACUCAAAUCGUCACGACCCACGACUCUCUUCUCCGUCCAAGCGUCGACCCUUCCAUCCACUUAUUGACUUCACUCCCUGUCUCUUAUCGUUCUCAAUGUACUCUUCAUCUUCAUCAUUCAAUCGGCGAAUGAGAACUAUGUAAAUCGUCUCUCAACGUCUGUCAUUACCUGCGCUUCAUUGCCAUGGGGAAAUUGUUCGAUGAUCAGCCUUCUGUCUCUGAGCCCCCGGAUCUCACCUAGUCCACAAGCACGACAUGACAUUGGAUUGAUUCCAGAUCUCUGUCCCUUUCCCAACCAGCCUCGCUUGAAAUCGAUCUUUCCUAAACCUACAUCGGCCACUUUGAAAACGCUUUUCAUUUGCCAUGGCUAAUGACGCUGCCCGCGCUUUGAUGAACCAAAGGCAACGUGCCACUGGAAAAUCUGGUGGUACGAAUCGCCUUGUUGGCUCUUCCUCGCAAAAUGGCCUUCAUUCCUCCACUGGCAUUAGCCCGGUAGCCAAGGUUGCCAAACAACCACAACAACAUGAUCCACGAGCUCUUCUUGAUCCCAAAGGUUCUCGGAAAGACAAGGGAAUCUCCAAGACUAAUCAAUCCUCUCUCGGACCUCACACAUCAUCCGAAAAUUCUCCUUUUGUCAGAAAACCCCCACCACCAUCUCUUCCCCGAGAAGGAAGCGGUCCUCGCAACAUGUUGGAAGGCCUUUACCAGGUCGAGCGCCGGACUGAUUACCCACAGAAGAAAGUGAAACUGACCAAAAACGAUGACACCGACUCCACCAAACCCUCCAAGGCGCAGUCUCGUCACCAAGGCUCUGGCGUUGUCGGCGAUUAUCUCAAACCUAACCCGGAAAAUGAUACCGAUGCCACCAAGCUGAGUAGUCUCGUCGAUCUCACCAACACCGAUGAUGAGGCCGAAGAUGAUGAAGUCCAAGUGGUGUCUUCUAACAUUAACCAAGAGGUAUGCUACGGCCGCUUUAACACCGUUGUCCACGCCUACCGUAUUCCGAAACCGAAAGGUGAAGCUCUGUUCAGUCGAGAUAACGAGUGGCCCGUGAUGAAAUGCAGCCUCGAUCGCAAGCCUGGCACAAAUUUCAUCAUCAAAGUCAUCGAUGCACAUGGAACCGAAUUUGGCAACGUCAGCCCAGAUCUAGCUCAAGUUCUAGUUCCCGCCAUGGAUGGCUUACCCGGAUUCCGUCUUCAAGCAAGGCUCACCAAUCGUCGCAAGAAGCCAGACGAAUGGCCUCACCAGCCCUGUUCUGAAACUAUGCGCAUGAUUAUGAAUGUGUACGGAAGAAGGGGCGAUGUAGAGAAACUGGGAAAGCACUUUGGCCAACACAAUUUUUGGUUUUCUCCUCCAAUAGCUCCGGAACCCGGUAUUCCUAUCGUCAACCCUCACGCCCACAAGAACGCCUCGCUUCCUCGAGCACGCCCUAAUGAUGCUGGGAGGAUAGUACCAGAGAAUAGAACUCUAGAAGAAGCCACGGAGGCUGUUUCAAAACUGUUCGACUCCUCCGCGCAGUCUGCCUCAGAAAUCGCCGAAACAAAUCCCCCAUCUUCCGUCAUCACUACGCCUUUAUUGAGUCAUCAGAAGCAAGCUCUGACCUUCAUGUUGCAACACGAGAAACCUCGAACUUUUGGCAAAGAAGAAUCCGAAAAUUCGUCCUUGUGGCGGCAACGAAAACGUGCCAACGGUGCCACGGUCUACCGAGAGGUCGUGAGUGGUCUGACAGUCAGAGAAGAACCCGAACAAGUCCUUGGUGGCCUCCUGGCUGAUGUGAUGGGAUUAGGAAAGACUCUAGAGGCGUUGAGUUUGAUUGGAAGCACUUUAGAUGAAGCCGAGCAGUUCGCUAGUCAAGCCUUCGAAAACACCGAGGAUGAGGCUAUGAGUGCUGUCGUUGCCAACACCAAAGCCACUCUUAUCGUUUGUCCCACAAGCACGGUCAAGAAUUGGGAAGACCAAAUCUCUCAACACGUCCGCCCAGAAAGCAUGAAGUUCUAUGUCCAUCACGGGUCAAACCGCGAGAAAGAUGCAUCUAGAAUGAGUGUCUAUGAUAUAGUCAUCACGACUUACGGUGUUGUCACUUCGGAAUUCUCAGGACGGGCUGCUAGUGGCAAGCCCCUCAGCCAACUGAACUGGUUUCGUAUCAUUCUCGACGAGGCACACACCAUCCGCGAGCACAAAGCCAUGCAGUCACAGGCCACUUACAGUCUCAAUGCCCAGCGUCGGUGGUGUUUGACGGGUACUCCAAUCCAGAACCGACUUGACGAUCUCGGCUCUUUGACUCGAUUUCUCCGCAUGUAUCCGUACGACACGCCGGCGAGGUUCAAUCAAUUCAUCAGGGGUCCUACCCAAUCGGAUGAUCCCUCUUUCUUAAAGAUGUUGCGGGUGUUUGUGGACUCGUUCACGCUUCGUCGCCUCCGAGAUCGCAUCGACCUGCCGAAACGAGAGGACUAUAUCGAUCUCCUCAAAUUCUCACCGCAAGAGAGGAGGCUUCAUGACUUUUUCAAAGAAAUUGCACACGUGCGAAUCCGGGAACUGGCUGAUACCCAGGGCAAGAACAGCGGGGUUCAGCAUCACGUGCUUCGAGGCAUCAUGACCUUGAGGCUGAUCUGCGCACACGGCCGCGAUCUGCUCAAGGAAAAAGAUCUGGAGAGACUCAAAGGAAUCAGUGCCACCGAGGCAAUCGACCUCGACGAAGAAGACAAGCUCCCCACCAUCACGAGAACAGCAGCCUAUGAGUCUCUGAGCUUGAUGGUAGAAGCGAGCCUUGACGAAUGUCGUAAUUGCCAGAAGAAGAUCUGCAGCGACAAUCCUCAGGCGGAGACUGAUGACGAUGAUGCAGUACGAUGCUACAUCUUGCCGUGUUUCGAUCUCGUCUGCGCCGAUUGCUUUGAUCCGGUCAAAUCGGGCUUUGAUGGUCUCGACAACACGACAGCGACCACUUGCGCGUUCUGCUCGGCCACCAUAUCCGCACAGUAUGUUGGAUUCAGCGGAGUAACUGCGCAGGACAUCCGAGUGGCCCCGGCCGACACUAUUGCAGACACAGAUGCCAAUGGCAAUGACGGCGUCAAUCCCACUGCUACAGCAUAUGCCGGGCCACAUACCAAGACGAAAGCGCUUCUGCGUGACAUUGCGCAGAUGAACCAAGACAGCAAGCCUUUGGAGGAUGCCGGUGAAGCUCCGAUAAAAUGUGUCGUCUUUUCCGAAUUCACAUCUCACCUCGACCUCAUUGAGCGGGCGCUCAACGAUCAAGGUCACAAAUUUGUGCGCAUUGACGGGCGGAUGUCGCUCCCGAACCGUAAGAAGGCCCUCGAUACAUUGGCCAGCGACCCGAGCAUCAAGAUCCUGCUGGCGUCGAUCAAAGCUGCUGGGCAAGGAUUGAACCUGACUGCGGCAUCGCGAGCAUUCAUCAUGGAGCCCAUGUGGAAUCCAGCUGCCGAGGCACAGGCUGUGGACCGAAUCUAUCGGAUCGGACAGAAACGCCCGGUGUUGGUCAAGCGUUAUCACAUGGAUGAAAGUAUCGAGCGCAAGAUCUAUGAGCUGCAGAAACGCAAGCAGCGACUGGCAGAUGUGUCGAUGAAUCAAAAUCACAAACAGCUGAGCAAGCAGGAAGUGAGGGAGAAGCAUAUGAAGGAGAUCUUGGCGUUGUUCAGGUGAGAUCUAGGAUGAUCAGACUUACUUGACUCUGGGGCUUUCUGGUGAUAUGUCUUGAACGAUGGGUGGCAUUAUUGGCUUAGAACGACUUAACUCGUAGACAUGUAAAUCCAGAGCUGGGAGGACAGUAAGAAUAGAAAAAAUAACCUCUGGGUUUUAAGUAUCUCG